AUGUUUCUUUGUGAAUGUGCUCCAGGCUCGUUUCUCAUCGCGACGACUCGACCUUUUCGACUCACGUUCCUCUGGCUGUCGCGCCAAGCGAAGGGCGAAGGAAAUGCCAUCGUCGCAGCAGUUGCCUCUUGCUGUGGGGCCUGCAUCAGCUUUACACACCGAAAUCUGGAGUUCAUGACCAAGGGUGCCUUCAUGGACGUCGUGCUUUCUGGGACACCGUUCAUGGUGGCAGCUCAGAAUGCGCAUGGCUUCGUGUCGGCAGAUGUGGGCAAGAUCGCGGAACUGACAGGUGCUGUCGGGAUCAUCAGCUUUGCGGUAGUGUCCACCGUCUUCACCCUGACGGUGCUCGCGAUUUGGGGAUUCCUCACGUUCCGACUGCGCCAGGUCACACCUGAUCAACCCCGCGAGCACAUUGAGAACCCGUACUUCGUCGCUCUCUUGGCAGGGACGUUGGCGGCCUCUCUGGCCGGGAGUUUCAUGGUGAUUUUCGAGCAGUGCUCCGAUGCAUUGCUCUACAUCUUCCGCUGGAACAAGGCGCACGGUCACAACACGGUCGCCAAGUACUGCCCUGAUGAGUUGGCGAAGCUCAUGGAGUACAAGAAAGUCUCGGCGGGUGAUGGAAUGCGAAAUCGACCGGAGCCUCCUGGUAUCUUCUCGACGCUGCUGUCGAGCGCCUGA